AUGAAAACUUUAUGCCUACUAAUCAUUUCGACACACAUAACAAGCGUUUUAUGUGAAGAUUAUUAUUACCACAACACAGAAGAAGAUGAGACUGGUUUCUACCGAAUUUUUCCAGCCUCCUAUAUUCCGAGUGUCAUCAACUGGUGCACUCGCGACAUCUGCUGGAUGCAGUUCAUCACCGAGCCAGACCAACACAAUCGUCGGUAUCCGAUGUUCAAUUGGGACAUGAAUUCCAAGUGCUACCAGCAUAAUGGGAUCUUCCCGAGAGAACAUCAGAAACAUUCAUUCGUCGAGUUUGCUACCUCGGAGAUGAUUCGUAAAAUUGGAUUAUCGGAUGAGGUGAUGGAGAAGAUAUUCGAGAGAAAGGAUUCAAUCGUGUUGUGGAAAUCUCGGGAAGAGAAGGAUUCAUGCACGAUCCGGUUGCUAAUGCACGAGGUCAACGUUAUGAACAAUUGUGAGAUCCGGGACAUCGAAAUGUUUGCCAAGUUGCAAGUUUGCUUGCUGAAAAAAAAAUCUCUAACGCCACACCACCUGGCCACUGAUUGGUUGCUGGUGACGAACGAAACGACAGAUGAUUGUUUCGCCAAACAGCAAAACACAAGCUAUCCAAACAUCCAUAACUACUGCUACCCGAUUCCUAUAAUGAAUAAGGCGAGAGUUGGCGAGGAGUGUCUGGAUUGGAAGGUUAAGAACGCAUCUGACCUAGUGGGGGACAUCAUGGUUUUCGAUUAUCAUCCAUAUUUUGACGUGAUUGAGUGUUCAACAGAUUUCGUAAGAAUUGGACGAGGUUAAAGAGCCCAGCAAGUAUAACGGUGCUUUUUUUCUCCAUCUUGUUGAUCGUUGCCUUUGUGGCUUUCCAUAUCUGGAAAAAGUACAAAUCAAAGUGAAACUAUACCAUUGAAAGAAGAGAAAAAUUUACUUAGCAAGUUUUGUCGCAUCAAUAACAGAAAUUGAAAAAAAACUAUGGUAUACUAGCUACAUUUCUAGCACUGACUAAUCUAAAAUUUGGUUGUAUUGUAUUGUAGUGUAUGUAUAGCCAAAUUCAAUGUACUGUAUAUAGUGCCUAUAUAUUACUGUGUUGUACCGUGCUUACCUUUAAGAACAAACAAAAUUAAAUAUCUGGAAUUGUGAGUCUGAAUGUUACUAUGAUUAAUGAGUUUUGUGUGUGUUAGUUUGUUGAUUCGUUCGUUUGUUUGUUUGCUCGUUCGUUCGUUCGUUCGGCUGUAAUAUUUUAAAUUACUAUUAAUAUUUUUCAGCCAGGUUCAGUAAAUGUUUCUGUCUUUACUUAUUAGCGAAUUAUUUUAUUUAUGUUAUCUUAUUCUUCAAUUUAAAAAAACGAUAAAAUUUAA